AUGGCUAUAUUCCUUCUUGCCACUGAGUUGGCUGCUUUUUCUUUAGGUCUCGAUUUGGCGAUUCAAUUCUUUAUUACCGGUAUGUUGGCUUUCAUCUUUCACACAGAGCGUCGGUGUCAGUACAUCGUUUCAAGAGGCGAUCCUUUUUUUUGCCGGUAUGUUGGCUUCUUCCUUCACAUGGUGUGUUGGUGA